AUGGUAUCAGCGGAUGUCGUUUACAAUGAUGCAAUCCACACCAAAAUUGAAGAAAAUCAUCAAACCAAGGAAAAAAAAGGAGUGGAAAUUCCGGAAAAAGCAAAUGAAGACAUUGUGAAUGAACAGAGUAAUGAUGUUUCAAAUCAUCUCCUGGUAGAUAGUCUUUAUGCUGCUAGUAUGUUAGGAAGAGGCGUCGACCUUCCCCUGAUCUACUUUAAAUUGAUCGAUGGGUAUUGUGACAAUAUGUCGAUUUCUAAAGUGAAUCUCUCGAUUUCCAAUGUGUCGUUUGAAUCGCAUACAGACCUACAUCUAGAUUCAAGAGGCAACAUUCUUUUUCAUGUGCAUAUUCCUCAGUUGAAAAUCAUAAAUCAAAGUUGGUUGAGUCUCACUCUAACUCAUAGUAGAUUUGGAUAUAAGAGGCAUAUAAAUCAAGAAGAUCAAGAGGUUUUGGAUAUUAAAGAAGAUAAAUGAACUAACAAGAUUAUUCAAUGAUAUGGUUUUCAAUCUCACCAAUUUCUACUAACAAUACAAUGAUUUUUGUGUUAGGUCCAUUGAGAAGAAAUGGGGAAACAAAAUAGCAAUUGGAAGCAAAUUUUCAAGAAAAGGGAGCUUGAUGUUUCAUAUAUGUAUUUUCUUAUGCUGUUAGAAAACAGCUAAUUUAUGUAUUGUAAUUUUAUUUUUGAUUAGAAGUAUAUUUCAUUUGUGAUUGAACUGUAUUCAAUAUUGAUUAGAGG